AUGGAUGGAGCGGCGAAAAUUGCACACAACGAGGCUCAGCGCAUCCUUCCGGACAACCCACACCAUCUUUCAUUGUCUUUUGACCGCCGAUUCCCGAACCCGGACACAUGGUGGUUCACUGGCAGAAGUGGGCCUUUGCAAUACAUGACAUACCUUUCUGCUGGGCAGCGAGGCAUUCUCACAACACGCGCCGCCUUUGACAUUUCGGACGAGUUGCCGCCACCAAUGUCGACCAAGGUACUCGCCAAGAGCGAGGGUAAGAAGAAACUGUCUCUUUCGGACUAUCAGAACAGGAAGAAGUCGGCGUCUCCCGUGGAGAACGGGACGGCAGCGAAGGUGGAGGCGAAGCCAAACGGCAUAGUCCAUGCGAAGCCGGCCCCGUCAAGGGAGGACAGUAAGAGGACGGAUGCGCGGUUAGAGAAGCCAAGGGUGGAUAUUAACGGCGAGAGCAGAAGUAAGACUUUUCAGACAAACCCACAGCCGGAGGCCGAAAGCCGCAAGCGCGCCGCAAAUAAGGACAACAGCCCGCUUCCACAGAAACGAGUCAAAGCCGACGCUGGGCCCGUGGAGACAGAUCAGCCACGGCAACGCAAGCCAGAGGCAUCGCGGGGACAGGAACGGACGACAGAGAAGCGUCCAAAGGGCACUAGUACCGCCUUCUUACAUCCCACUGUCAACGGACUGCCUGCCCCUUCGGACAAAGAACGAGAAAACACGGCAUCGCCCAGAUCGACCAUUCAGGUCAAUGGAUCGAGGCCUCGUUCAGACAGCGGGACUUCGACGCCGCGGAAAUCCGAACCCUUAGCGAAAGCUGCCUUGCCGCAACUCUUAUCACCCCUUCACCCGUCUAUCUUCGAGGCCAAGGCAGAGAAAGAAGCCACGCCCAAGAAAAAGUCAACAGAGAAGACAUUGAAGCCGGAGAAGGACAAGCCUAAGAAGCUGCUCUCUAUACCCAGGCUGCUCUCUCCCACGCUGCCGCCAGUCAUUGAGGAGAUCCUGUCCGCUCAAAACCGAAAAUCAACAGCUUCCAAAGGCGUUUCGAGCCAGACGCCCGACCAGUCCUCUGACUCCUCAGGAGGCGCGAGGAAAACAAUCGUGGCCGCGCCGCCUGUACGCCUGGCAGAGGAGGAAGAGGAGAAACCGGAGCGGAAGUCUCUGAUAGUCCCUCUCAAGAUCAAAAACAAGGCAAACGUGAAGAGGGUCAAAGAGCUCUUGAGCCUCCCAUCAAAGUCAGCCAAGGAUGCACUUAAGAAGGAGCGAUCAACGAGCGUGGAAGCCGCCCCUCCGCCGGCUGCCAAGAAGCGGCCGCGGCCGGCAGACGACGUGCCUCAGGAACCCGCCGCUACCAAGCGGCCAAAGCCAACUGCGGAGGCCAUCACAGCCAAGCCUCCGCGGCCAACAACGCCGCUUAAGCACGCCGCCACUGCAAUGUCGCGGGUAGCGUCGAGCCAGAGCCAGACGCAAGGCAAUACCCCCGCCGCCUUGACGGGUCUCACCCCGAGCACGUCAGACCGGCCGCCGACCCGCUCGGAGCCGCUCGACCCAAAGGCGCUCGCCCAAGUUGAGUCUUUCAAGGAGAGGCACGCCGAAAACGUGCGGCUGGGCACCAAGCUCAAGCACGUCCGCGACAAAAUCUGCCGAGACGGCGGCGCCAAACUGUCGGUCGCCGACGAGCGCCGCGUCACAGCUCUUCACUUUGAAAUGCUUCUCGCCUACAUGAUGGCCUUUGGCUCGGCCAACCAGGCUCGCAUGCUCGAGCGCAAGGUGUGCGAUGUUUCGACGUGGGAGUCGCUGCUGCCGCACCUGACGGAACUGAGGAACCGGGUCCAGGUCCAGGGGAACAAGGCACUCCGGGCCCUCGCUGUGCAGAUGAACGUGCUGUGUCUGGAGCAUAUCACCAACACCUUUGCGACGCUGGAUCCCGCCGCCGCGGCGGGUAGCUUUGUCAAGUGGUGCAAGUUGAAUCGGAGCAGGGUGGGCAUGUGGGCGGAGGCGAAUGCCGCGUACGGGGAGGUCGAGGACCGGCAGAUGAGAACGCUUGUUGGGCCGUGGACGUCGGUGGAUGACGCGGUUGUGGCCGUGCUGACGGUCAUGAAGAGGUGGGCGGAGAGGGAAGGUGUGCGAUGGACCCCCGAGGUCACAGUCAAAGGAGACAGGGACCAAGACCGGAAGCGGGAGCGGGACCACGACCGCGACCGUCACCGCGACAGGGACAGGGACAAGGACAAGGAUAGGGAUAGGGACCGCGAGAGGGAUCGAGAGAGAGAUAAACCCCGACCGCCGCUCAACGGGUCCCGGCACUGA